AUGAAUGGAGAUCAUCAUAAAUUUCUAGUUGAAACUGAAAUGGUGGAUACUCCGGCAGUUAAUAUCAUGCCCACAACCAUACCUGCUGGCACUACUGCCGCGAUCAAUCAAGACAAUAAUAAACCACAAUUAAUCAAUAGUCCCAAGUAUGAAUCGCAAAAUCCAAUUCCAUUGAAAAUGGAUAAUGCUUCAAGUCAAUCUAGAGAGAUUGACCAGAAACAAUCUGUAAGAAAUUCUCAUAUUAAAGAGCAUACGUAUCCACAAGGAACUGAUGUAUCAGACGCAGCAUUGAAAUCAAUACAGAAACAACCUUUAAAUGAUAAAAAAAUUACUAAUACUAUGGAUAAUACACAAAUAGAGGAUGGUUCUUCAAGAAUACCAUCAGCGUCUGUAAUUACAAAUUCCAAUUUGGAUCAAAAUGAUCUUAAUAAUAGAGUUACUCAAGAUAUGAUAAAGGACAGUUUACAGCAUAUGAUACAUAAUGAAGGCUAUAAUAACGUUCCUGAUCACGAAAACAAUAAUUUUACAUCUUUGUCAUUACCAUCAAAAACUGACUAUACUGGGAAAGUACCGACUAUAACAACUCCAAUUAGUUUAACUUCAAAUGUGGAAAGUACUUUGUUUUCUGGAAAUCAACAUAAUAAAUCUCAGAAAGCUACAGAUUUGAGACCCGCAAAAAUCAUAGAGAGGCCUUCCAUGCAACUUUUAAACUCUAAGAGAAAUUUUACUAGAAGAUGGACGACCAAAAUUAAUGAAAAAACUAACUCAGAAUUCCAUAAUGCAUGUGGAAGAAAAAUAAUAGCAGAAAAUAAUAUAAAAAACAAUGGCUAUAAUAACUACAAAGAACUAAAAAGUAACAGUAUCAACAAUAACAACAACAGCAUUAACAACAACAACAACAAUAAUAAUAAUAACAGUAAUAAUGGUAACAACAAUGGGAACAGUAAUCAUAAUAGCUUUAUUAAUAACAGUAAGCCAAAUAACGAUACUAUAAAUGUAAAGCAACUUCAAGGGAAAAAUAAAAGUACAGAUGCAUUAGCAACUAAUAUUGCUACUCUUAAAAACAGUGAUGACAAUAUACAGCAUAGUGAUGGUAACGACAAUGAAGUUUUAGUACAUCCUACAAAAACCGACUUCUUUGCAGCUAGGUUAGCAUCUGCCGUUGGUGAGAGAGAGGCUAGUGAUUCAGAAGAGACUUUUGUAUACGAAUCGGCCGCAAAUUCAAGCAGACACGUAGCAGCUAUCAACACCAUUGAAAGUGCUAUAGAAGGAAAUGAUCAACAGGUAUUUAAAAAUGGCAAUGUACAACUAAACAGCAACACAAAUAAAACUUACGGGAUUGCUCCUAAGAUGAGUGUUCCAUUAUUGAAUACGAAUAAGAAAUUCUUGAACAAAAUUAAAAAUCAAAGACAUACCAGUAUGGGCGCAGCUCCCUUGGGUAAUAAAAUGUCAGUUUCAAAUGUGCAUACAAAUGUACCGACUUCUAAUCCAAAUAACAUGCUAAAUUACGCUAAUUCGAAUAUAAGUCCGACCAGCAGAACAUUUCAGUUGGUACCAGACGAUCUAUCAAGCUUAAGGUCUUCUAAUUCUAUGAGAUCUACUUCUUCAAUUACCCAAUCACCAUCGCAUGGAAUACAUAUGGCGACUAGUAAUGGCAACCUGAUUCACUCACCAACUCAUAAAAUGCAUGUUAAUACAAAUGGGGUAAACCCACAAGUUAGACUACGUAACUCUGGAAUGUUGAAUAAAAAUAAUGGUCCAUCGAGGAAUGUAUCCCAUAACAAUCAGGCCAUGAGACAGAACUCAGGCUAUAGGCAGAGAGCACCAAAUAAUUCAAAUAAUCAUGAAAAUAAAAGGAAAUUAAGGACGACUGCAUCGCGAAUUUUUGACACUAAUGGCGCCCCACUGCGGAAAUAUUCAAGUAUACCAGAUAAUGUAAACUUAGAAGAUUUUAUGGAGGAGCCAAAGGAAAUACAACCAUCAACUACUUUAAGCAAUAGUGUUGUGAGGAAUGAUCACUUUCUUGACUAUCAUGAUAAUGUACAAAACAAUUCACAUAAUAAUGGCUUCAAUACUAAUUUUACUAACAACACUAUUCAGGAAGAAGAUAGCGAUAUAAACGAUGAAAGUAAUAAUACCAAAAAAUCAGUCAACCCACAACAUUCUAAUUCCAUCGUUAACACCGAGUCAACAAGUGAAAAUAAAAAUAAACAAAAUGCAUAUCAUAAUACAGAAGAUCAUCCAAAUAUGUCAAAUAGAAAUGAUGAUAAUAUGCAUGAAAAUAAUACUCAUGUACUUGAAGAUGAUGAGGAUGAUGACCGGUCGAUGUUUUUCUAUAAUCAUGGAGGUGAUUUGGGGACCCGACCUCAAAUAUCCGACUAUGAAGAUAACGAUGAACUAAUUGAAUCAGAUGGUGCUGACGUUGAUCCCAGGUUGUAUGAUACAUAUCCAUACUAUGAAAGUGAUAAUAGAUAUGGGAAACGGCGCCCAGAACAUGGUUCUAAUUACCAAGAUUAUAGCUUAUACACGGGCAAUACUAAUCGCCAUGAAAGUUAUUCAUCUCAGUUUGCAAAUAAUAAAGGGUUUCAAAAUUAUAACGAAAACCAAUUUGUCGGAGACGAUGAUAUCAAUGAACAAACUCCUUUAAGAAAUAAUCAAUUUUAUUACGGAGAUGAAAGCAAUAACUCACCACAUAAUUUUGUUACUAAAAAAUCAUCAUGGUCAAAGAUCAAAUAUUGUGUUUAUUUCUCAUUAUCUGUGGUAUUCUUAGUAACGAUUGGUUUUAUCUUAGGAUUUUUGCUGGCAACAAAUAAAGAGUUACAAGGAUUGAACGUUGUAUUUAUCGACAAUAUUAUUAGUAGUACCAGCAUUUUGCUAUUUGAUUUAACUUGUGGAGCAUACAACCCUGGAUUUUUUACCAUCAAUGUUCAAGAUGCUGAUAUUGAUAUAUUUGCUAAAAGUAUAUAUGUGACCGAAAAUGACUAUAAUUUUAAGAGAAAAAAUAAAGUGUUGGAAACGGUAUUAUUAGGAACAAUAAGCUCACUUGAGUCGCCAUUAGAAUUUAGAGGUGAAUUCUUCAGAAGAAGAUAUGAUGUUUCAUCUUCAAGCGUGAAAUUAUUAAAUCCAGGCAAAAAUAAGGUUGCUUCGGAUCCCAAUGGAGACAAUGCCAUCAACAUCGAGAGUGAUGUCGAAAAAUGGAAACAGCUGAUAAAACAUGAUUACGAACUAUUAAUCAAAGGGAGUUUGAAAUAUAGAGUGCCAUUUUUCAAUACUGAGAGAUCUGUCUCAAUACAACAGAGCAUCGAAGUUCAUCCUGAUGAUAAAGACAAAGGCGAUGAUUAUCUAUCAUUAUUAUAA